AUGGACAGCAACAAAGAUACAAAAUGGUCCAAGCUGAGGUCUCGCCUGCACAUGCUGGGGUACAACGACAACCUUGGAGAAGAGUCUGUGCAACUUGUUGAGCAACUUUUCAGUGAUUUGGUCCACACCACGGAAAGCCUGCGCGAAUCUCAACGAUCAACAGCCAAGUCGGAAAAAGAAAGCCAAAACAGUGAUGUCCGCCUGACACGGGAGAACCAAGAGCUUCACUUUGAGCUCAUGAUGGUGAGGGGUGAAAGAGCCCAGGUGACCAGAGAGUUGAAGGUCUACAUCACCAAGCUGGAAAAUGACGUCACUUUGCUCAAGUCUUUGAACGAGCAGUAUUUGCACGAGUUGCACAGCCUUGAGAAGGACUGCAAAGAAAAGGCCAAGCUCAUCCGUCAACUGCGUCGGAAAAAUGUCAACAUUUGGGUGCAGGCAACACAGAUGGAUGAACUCCAAGAGACCAACAUGGCCCUGGAGCAGAAGCUCAAAUCAGCGCAGCGCAAGUCCUCGAGCAAAGUGAUGGAGCUCACCUCGAAGAACCACGAACUGUGUCAAGAGAUUACGGACAUUCGCAACCUCGCCAAGAAGAUGGCGAUGGAAAAGAAGCAAAAGUUGGAAAAGGCUGAAUUGAAGUUGCAAGAUCUGAAAGCCGUUAUCCGAAAGCUUCAGGGAGUCAUUAGAGAAUUGGAGGAUCAGCUUCGUAAAAAUACAAUGACUUCAGAACUACCAGACGAACGUGAAGGAGAGCCGAAAAAUAUUGACCAUCGGAGCAAUGAAGCUUAUAACCUAAGGGAGCAGAAUGAAAAAUUUGAGGCAAUGUUGGAGUUUCUGGAGGAACAGAAUAGCAGGCUGCAGGCCAAAGUGGAGAAGAUGAUGUCUGUUGAGAAAGUCUUGGUUCUGGAGUUGGAGGGUUGGCGGACUAAAUACGGCAUUUGUGGACUGGAACGGUCGCCAUCGCGUCUGGAUGCCUUUGUCCAGAGUUUGGAAGAAGAAAGGGAUCACUAUCGUCAGGAGGUUGAACACUAUAAGAACGUUCGAGGGAGGAGUCCCGUAAUUGAGGCCCAAGACAGCUUAAACAGGACACCCAAAAUUCGAAAGCCCAGGGAUCGGUUCAAAGGGGCAGAAAACAAAGUCCAGCAAGAAGAAGACCAGGUGACAGAAGAUAUAUCGGAGGAGGGACUUCAGCAAAUGCAGGAGAAGCCUGCAGGACCUUCUGCUGAAAUCAGAAACCUGAAAGAGCAGCUUCGCCUGGCAAAGGCAAAAAUUGCAGAGGUUUUAGAGGAGCUCCAAGGGGCAAAAGAAAAACUUCAGCGGUUGACCUCUGAAAAAGACUCACUGGGAGAUCAUCUUAAAAAUGCAGAAAUGGACAUUCAGCUGCUGAAAUCGGGGAAAGACGAACUAAUGGAGGAAUUGAAGCAAAAGCAGCUGCAGUAUGAGGAGCACCACUCCAAAACAUCUGCUGAAACGUUGAAACUGGAUGAAAAGCUCAAAGACUCACUGAAGGAGGAACUGAAGAUACUUCAGCUGAACCAAGGUGAGCAGCGCUCAAACAUCUUUGCGGAAAUUGUAAAACUGGAGGAGAAGCUCAGACUGGCAGAAGAAAAAAUCCAGCAGUUGACUGCUGAAAAAGAUUCACUGAAGAAGGAACUUGAGAAUCAACAGCUGAAGCACGAUGAGAAGCACCAAGGAACCUCUGCAGAAACCAUCAAACUGGAACAGAAGCUCAGACUGGCAGAAGAAAAAAUCCAGCAGUUGACUGCUGAAAAAGAUUCACUGAAGAAGGAACUUGAGAAUCAACAGCUGAAGCACGAUGAGAAGCACCAAGGAACCUCUGCAGAAACGAUCAAACUGGAACAGAAGCUUAGACUGGCAGAAGAAAAAAUCCAGCAGUUGACUGCUGAAAAAGAUUCACUGAAGAAGGAACUUGAGAAUCAACAGCUGAAGCACGAUGAGAAGCACCAAGAAACCUCUGCAGAAACCAUCAAACUGGAACAGAAGCUCAGACUGGCAGAAGAAAAAAUCCAGCAGUUGACUGCUGAAAAAGAUUCACUGAAGAAGGAACUUGAGAAUCAACAGCUGAAGCACAAUGAGAAGCACCAAGGAACCUCUGCAGAAACCAUCAAACUGGAACAGAAGCUCAGACUGGCAGAAGAAAAAAUCCAGCAGUUGACUGCUGAAAAAGAUUCACUGAAGAAGGAACUUGAGAAUCAACAGCUGAAGCACAAUGAGAAGCACCAAGGAACCUCUGCAGAAACCAUCAAACUGGAACAGAAGCUCAGACUGGCAGAAGAAAAAAUCCAGCAGUUGAUCACUGAAAAAGACUCACUGAAGAAGCUGGAGAACCCGGAGCUGCCGUCACAGGUUCUCGGGCUACGGGAUCGCGAUCGGAAUAUGGAACGGCAGAUGGAUGCUCGUUAUGUUGGGCUUCUUCCGAAUCCGGAGGAGACGGCAAGAGAGAGAAUAGCAGUCUCCGGUCUCAGGCAGCAACAAGAGCAGAUUCAAUAUGCGCUUUUGGACCUCCAACAAAUGCUGUCUGUGAAGAACAACGAGUUACUCGCCACUCAGUCCCAGAUGGAAAAACUGAAGGACACCAUCGAGUCGCUGAGUCAGCAAGUUUACCAGCACAAGCAGGAAGCCGAGAUCCUCCGCAUUUCUUUCUCAGCGUUGAAAAUAAGAAAGGACGUCCUGGAGGAGGAGGUGGUGGCCAAGACCAAGAGACUGGCGGUUCUCCAGGAGCAGCUUGGCAAGAAGGUUGCGUCUGUGGAAGAGAGCCGAAAUAAUAAAACGCACCUCUGAUUACAGAUGGACGUGGAACUGAAAGGCCAGGAGAGGCAGCAGGCCACUCAGAGGUUGCUGGAGACCCAUCAGGAAGCGCUGUUGCAAAUCAGAAGAGACAACGAAUUGAUCAUCGGUGAAUACAGGAGACUGCAGGACGACGUGGCCGCCAUGACGCAGGAGAAGCAAGUUGCACAUGAAAGGAUGGAGGAGGCUUUGCGUGAGCGGGAGGAGCUCAAACUGAGAGUCCAUUCUUACGUCAAUACGGUGUCCAGGAUUGAGAACAUCUUGAAGACAAAGGAUCAGGAGAUUCAGGACCUGGCGGAGCGCUUCCGCUCGGACGUGCAGGAGCGGGAGCAGCGGCUGCAGCAGGUGGAGGGAUUCAUCGGUACCGUCCGUAUGGAGCUCCUCUCGUCCGAGACGGAGCGGCAACAUCUGCACGAAGUCCUUGGGAAGAAGGUGUGGGAGAUUCAGCAGCACAUGCAUGGCUUGGAGACGUACAAGGCGCAAGUGGCGACGAUGGCCCAGGAGACGUCUCGACUCGAGGAGGAGGUCCGCAUCCAUCAGGAGGAGAAAGUGACUCUCCUGACCGAACUGGUGUCAGUCAAAGAGGUCUGCGUCAAAAUGGACGCGGAGAAGGAAAUCGCCGCUCGGCAACUUUUACUCAAGAGCAUGGAACUUGAGAGGGUGAGUGAAGAGGAGGACGCUCUGACAGAGGCGAUUCUCAUCAAAGAGCACCUGGCCAACGAGAAGCUGGUGGUGCGCAACGUGGAGGCCAUGCUGUCCACCAGUCGACAGGAGAUGUUCCAAGCCCACCAGGAGGUCAGCGAGAAAGAGGCGGAGCUUAAGGCCCUUCGCCAGAAGCUCGCCCUGGCCGACGACAAGAUUGCGGCGCACGCCAGGGAGGUGACCAAUCUCCGGAGGAAAAUCGAUCAUCUGCAGACCGAGAUGGAAGUUUUGAGUCGCAAAGGCCAUGAGCGUGUGGUCUUUCCCGACAGCAAUGCCCUCGAGGACACGCCCUCGCAAGAUGUUUCCUUCAGACCCCUGAGGGCCUCCUCGCCCUUAGACUACCAGCCCGCUUCUCAUCAGCCAGCCCCCAACACCUCACUCUAA